AUGACUGAAGGGUUUGCAUCGUUUCCUGUCGAGGGUUUAUCGGAGCCGUGCAAGACUUGGUACAAGAUUGUAGGCGAUCUCGCAACGUCAGCAGCCCCAUUGAUCGUACUUCAUGGUGGCCCGGGGGCCUGUCAUGACUAUCUCCUCCCCUUGACCGACCUCGCGCCCUCGACUACUCUUGUGUUCUAUGACCAAAUCGGAAAUGGCCGAUCGACCCAUCUUCCCGAAAAGCACGGCGACGAGGAGUUCUGGUCCGUGGAUCUAUUCAUGAAGGAGCUCAAUAAUCUUCUGUUACAUCUAGGUCUUCAAGAUCGGAAAAUUGAUAUCUAUGGGCAUUCUUGGGGCGGGAUGCUGGCCGCCGAGUGGGCAGCAGCACAUCCGGGCCCGUCCAACCUCCGGCGUCUGGUGAUCUCAAAUAGCCUUGCCAGCAUGGAAGUGUGGCUGGAGGGUGUUUCGAUUUUGAGAAAGCAGCUGCCGCAGGAUGUUCAGGAGGUCCUUAACCGCGCUGAGGACUCUCAGAACUUCGAGAGCCCCGAGUACGAAGCUGCUGUCGAAGUAUUUUACAAGAAGCAUCUCAGUCUUGCAAGGCCUUGGCCAGCACCAGAGGUCCAAGUCGCGCUUGACUGGUUUGCCAAGGAUUCGACUACCUAUGGCACAAUGUAUGGUCCAAGCGAGCUUAACGCUACUGGCUCGCUUCGCAACUGGACUUCCAUUCCGAAGUUACCCAGGAUCAAGGUUCCCACCCUUCUGAUCAAUGGGGUACAGGAUGAGGCUCAGGAUGUAGCGAUGCAGCCGUUCUUCGACCAUAUUGUGAAGGCCAAGUGGAUCAAGCUAGAUAAUGCUGCGCACUUCUCCCAUGUUGAUCAACGGGAGAGCUACAUGAAGCAUUUGGGGGCUUUUCUGGCAGCAUGA